AGCAAACGCUUCGCAGCUAGCAACACCGGUAGUAUUUAAGCUAACAGGCUAACUGAAGGUUGUUAGCUAAUAUUAGCAACCAGCUCGUUGCCAAAUAUGACCAACGGUAGAUAGACAUCAAGUAUGGCUAUCAUUACAAAAUGCAGGUAUAAUUCAUUUACGGGACGCAGUGCGAAUAACUUACUGUGAAGGGAUUUUGGAACCAAGAGGAUUAAUCUAGGCUACAUCAUCUUUUCUAGAGGGUGUGAGUGACAUUGACCGAGCAUGGUCGUUCUGCAGUGUGGUAAAUGUUUCGCAAGCUCUGAACUCGAUGGUGCUAAAUAAUCGACGUCAUCAUAGAGCGACACAACAGUGAAAACAAGAAGUUCCUGGUUGUGUGAUUUCAUUUCAUAGAUAGACAAAUUCCAUGCAUCAGGAAAACCAUGGGAGAUACACAUGCUGAUAUCGUCUGGGAGCCGCUUUUAACAAGAAAUAACGACGUAUCUAAACUUGACUCAGACGAAGAGGAUGACGUUGUGUUUGAGAGAAGUGGUCGCGAUGCAACUCUUGGCAAUACUUCAGUAAAACUCUCUUACACAGAGGCGAUUGAAGAAGCGGGUUUUGGUUUUUUUCAUGGCCUUCUGCUUGUGAUAUGCGGCUGGGCAAACGCUAGUGAUGCAGUAGAAAUACUGUGUGUGUCAUUUUUACUGCCCACAGCUCGAUGCGAUCUUCACCUGAGCUCCUCUGACAUGGGUAUACUGAUGGCAAGCCUUUUUCUUGGUAUGAUGAUUGGAGGUUAUACAUGGGGCUACCUUGCUGACAGAAGGGGACGCCAGAAAGUCCUUGUAGCCUCUCUGACGGUUAACGGUAUUUUUGGUUCUCUUGCCAGUUUGGCGUCGAGAUUUUGGCUUUUUCUGCUGUUGCGGUUCAUCAGUGGUUUUGGGGUGGGUGGGUCGAUCCCAGUCAUUUUCUCCUACUUCUCGGAGUUUCAGCCGCGACACAGAAGAGGAGCAAUGAUCAGCGCCUUGGCCACCUUCUGGAUGGCAGGAAACAUACUUGCUGCAGGUCUGGCUUGGUUGGUCAUACCAAGCACAGCGGUCAGGUUUCAGCUGGGAGGGCUAGACUUUCAGAGUUGGAGGCUCUUUAUGGUGCUCUGCGCCAUUCCAAGUCUUACAUCUGCACUGGUGUUCAAGCUCGCCAUGCCAGAGAGCCCCAAGUUCCUCAUCGAGGCUGGGCGUCCUGCAGAGGCAUUAAAGGUGUUCAGGAAGAUGUUUGUGAUGAAUCACAGAGGCAGUAUGAAGCCAUUCCCGAUGGCUGGCUUACUUAACAGUCUAGAGGACAAGCAUGAAAGUGCUUCACCAGUCAGCAGAGAAGUGAAGUCUCAGAAUCUUCCUGGCUGCAUCAGAGCAGGGACAGACCCCAUACGGCAACUUUUCAAUGGAGGCCUAGCAUCGCGGAGCACGGCUCUCACGAUUAUAUUCUACUGCAUCUCGUUUGGGUACUAUGGGCUGUGGAUGUGGUUCCCUGAACUGUUUAAGCGAACGGAAGCUGGAGGAUCCCCAUGUGCCAACAUGUCCCGCACCCGCACCGAAAGCAACGAGAGCUGCUACCCUGUCAAAACUGCUGUGUACAUGGAGGGUUUCCUCACUGCACUCGCCAACCUGCCAGGCAACAUCUUCACCAUCUUAAUGAUGGACACUAUCGGCGGAAAAGUUCUCCUCUCCUCGAGUUUGCUGGUGUCAAGUCUCAGCGUGUUCUUCAUCUGGGAGGUGACCACUAAAACCCAGAGCCUGAUCAUGUGCUGUGUCUUCAGUGGCGUGUCAGUCAUAUCCUGGAACGCUCUGGAUGUCAUUGGCACUGAACUUUACCCGACACAGUUACGGUCAUCUGCCCUGGGCUUCUUCACCGGCGUGGGCAGGGUAGGGGCCAUCAUGGGUAAUGUAGUUUUUGGACAGCUAGUUGACACCAACUGUGCCGUGCCCAUCCUUAGUGUGUCGCUAUUGCUGCUGACCAGUGGACUCGUGGCCCUGCGCCUACCAAGAACUAAACAAGCAGAACUCACCUGAGAGAGAGAGAGAGAGAGAGAGAGAGAGAGAGAGAGAGAGAGAGAGAGAGAGAGUGAGAGGGAGGGAGGGAGAGCGAGAGAGAGAAAAUCAAGCCAAACUCAGAACUCAUAGGGACAGAUAAGUAAGCAAAUAGAACGUACCCGAGCAAAAUACACAGACAGAACUUAUCUGAGGGAGAGACAGAGAGAGUGAGAGGGAGGGAGAGAAAGAGAGAAAAUUAAGCCAAACUCAGAACUCAUCUUAGGGACAGAAAAGCAAGCAAAUAGAACGUACCCGAGCAAAAUACACAGACAGAACUUAUCUGACAGAGAACCCUAGCAGACCUUGCCUAAGACUGCAUAGAAUUCAGUGUAUCUGCCGUUUAGACUUCCACAGUGUUACUGUUGUGAAGAGUAGAAAUGCUGUUGGUCCUUUGGCCUUCUUACUUAACGCAUAAGUGCACUUUUCCAAAGAGUGUUUUUGUGACUCAACUUUGUUGUAAAUAUGACUGCUGGCUUUAGAUAUAUGACCAAUAUUUAGAAAUGUUUUUUUCUUUUUCAAAUCACAAAUGGUAUGUUGUGCCGAAUAUUCACAAACCGUUUUAGGAGGGAAUCAUACAUGAUGCACCAUUCAAUGUCAAUAUGUUUAAAUACACGGUGUGACUGAAGAGGUCCAUGAUUUUACCAACUGUCAUUGUGUUUACAUUCUGAGGAAUUCAAAAUAGAACCACACACACGUACAUUGUCAAUACAUGAAACAAAACAUUCCUAAAUAGUAAAUAACAAGAAGCACUAAACUAUGAUGAUCGUGGUACUGUUUAAAGUUACUUAAGCUAAAUGUGGUGUUAUGUAAUAUGCUUAUAGGAAUACAGAUGUAUAAUGCUUUUGUGCCAAAGAAUCAUAUAUUAAAUUAUUUGUAAGAAUAUAUGGACUAGUUUUGA